AUGGAGCCAACUCUAGGAAGGUUUGAGAUGGAGAAGUUUGACGGCAAAGGUGACUUUGGGAUGUGGAAGUUCAAGAUGAUGGGUCAACUAGAGAUACAAGGUCUGCUUUCAGUUAUUAAAGAAGAUUUUACUAUUUAUUUAAAAUCUGAUAAGCAAGAAGAAGGAUCAGAAGCAAAGGUUGAUGACAAGAAGGCAGCUAAAGAUCUCAGAGUAAGAAGUCUGCUGGGAACAUGCUUAAGUGAUCCUAUUCUGAGGAAGAUUAUGCAUGAGACAACUGCAUUGGGCAUGUGGAAGGCACUUGAAAGGAUUUAUCAAACUAAGUCUCUUCCUAACAGAAUAUACUUGAAGAAACAAUUCUCUUGCUAUAAGAUGGAAGAAGACAAGACGAUAGAAGAGAAUGUUGACAUAUUUCUGAGGCUCAUUGCAGAUUUGGACAGUCUCAAGGUUAGUAUCUCAGAUGAAGACCAUGCCAUACAGCUCUUGUCAGGACUUCCAGCAGCAUAUGAACCAUUGGUUCACACUCUCCAGUACGGGUCUGGAAAGGAGACGCUUACAGUGAAUGAAGUAGUUACUUCAGCCUAUUCUAAAGAAGCUGAACUUAGGCAAAAGGGAUUACUCAAUAAAAGUAGGCAGGUUGCGGAGGGUUUGUAUGUUGAGUCAAGAGGAAGAUCAGAUAAGCAGGGAGGAAGUCCUAAGAACAAGAGCAGGUCAAAGUCAAAACAGAAGUUUGAUAAGAACAACACAGGUUGUUUUAUUUGUGGAUCAGAAGAUCACUGGAAAAGGGAAUGUCCAGAAAGGAAGAAGCCGCCUAAUUCUGCAAAUAUUGCAGUGGAACCUAAACAACCGAUAGUGUUAACUGUUAGCACUCAAGACUCAAAGAAGGAAUGGGUUAUGGACUCAGCCAUCACUUAUGGUAACAUCAAAGGAAUAGGGAAGAUUCGGAUUCAGAAUCCAGAUGGUUCUGAGGUGAUACUUAGGGAUGUAAAAUACAUACCGGAGGUGAGUAGGAAUCUUAUUUCUUACGGGAUGUUAGAAAGAUCAGGUUGUAGAUAUGAAGGAAGAAACUUCAAGGUUCGGUUCUACAAAGGCGGGAAGAAGGCAAUCUCAGGAAAAUACAAGGAUGGAUUGUAUUAUCUUGAAGGCAAGGUCUCUAAGAAUGAAGAGAACAAUUCUGGAGUUGAGAAGGAAGUUAGACAGGAAAGGUCAAAGAAAGUGACUUUUGGUCAGAAUCUGGUUCAGGAAGCAACUCCUAAUGGUUUGGAAAAAGAUGAUUCAUUAGCUCAAGGUGGAGAUUCUAAAGAAACUGAAUCUAAAGAGAGCAAUGAAGAAUCUGGGAUAAAAGAGCUUGAGGUGGAAGGCUUGGAAAAGGUUUCUAAGAUAUUGGGAAUGGGGAUCUUCGGAGAUAGAGCUAAGGAAGAAGAAACUCUAUCUAAGAUUUAUUCCAAUGAAGAGAAAGAAGAUUUUCCAAGUAAAGCAGUACCUGGACAAAAGCUUCAGGUUUGCUGCAAGUUUCCAAGCUUAAACUGA